AUGUCUCCGGGGGCUGUUCUCUCCCGCUUCCUCCUCCUCCUCCUCCUUUCCCUCUUCAUGGCUUCCAUCUCCCUCGGAUCAAGCACUGGCCAUGUAAGUCGGUUCUUCUUCCCGUCUCACGCUGAGCGCUCCGUCAAUGUUCGAUUUCGUAAUGUGUUGGGUAUAUUCCUCUGAUACGACGGCAUCUUCGCCAGGAGGAGAUGAAGCCGGUUGCGGGGCCGCCGGGGGGAUUGCUGGUCCUGAACGAGGCCCGGCGGCGGCUCGGGAGCUUCCAGGUCUGCGGGCUGUGCACUUGCUGCGGAGGUCCCCGGAAUAUCUGCGUGCCUUCGCCCUGCUGCUACGCCCUCAACUGCAACAUACCCAACAGGCCCUUCGGUGUUUGCGCAUUGACACCAAGAACCUGUAGCUGCUUCGGAUGUAGCAUCUGA